AUGGGGGCCAACUCCAGCAAGUCCACAAGCUUCAAGAUAGCAGCAUCGACCAAGGAUGCCGGCCAGAACAACAAGCGAAAGGCGUCGGGCAAGAACUCGCUCUGCUCCGGGUGCCGGCGCGCGCGGCAGCAGCCCGACUGGCCAGACCGGCUGCUGAGCGCCAUGGCAUGGCUGUACUGCAGCCGCUGCAAGAUGGAGCACCGGGCCUGGCUCUUCUCUGCCGACCAGCGGCGGCGGCCCUGCCGUAAACGCAUCUGCAUCGGCCACGAGGGUCGCAUCCGCAUCUGCGCCCACAAGGCCGUCUCCUGGGCCAUGCUGCGCAGCGUCGCCGAGGCGGACGGCUGGGAUGGAGCCGCCACCGCCGCCGACGUCGGCCUGCCGCAGCCUGUGGCCGGGUGCGGGAGGGAGUGCGUCGCCGCGGCUGGGCUGCCCGCGGCUGCGGGGGCGGGACCCGGCGCGGAUCCCCGCCUCACCAUGUCCUUCACCCCGUCGGGCGGCUGGUUGUUGAGGGUGGGUUGGGCCGUGUACAUUACUGGAGAGGAUGGCGGUCGUACCCUGCCGGCAGCGGAUCAGCUCGUCGAGAGGCUCGCGGCGCUGCGGGCGGCCGUGGGGAUGUACAUCUUCCGCGGCAACUCGGCGGUGGACUUCCCCGAGAUCGGCGCGCUCGACCCGACGGGGUGCCAGUGUCUUCUGGUCCACGAGGACUCGCCCAAGACGGCCGGGGUCGGGAUGGGGAAUGCGCGGCGUGCCGGGACGUGUCUGACGAGGGACGGAAACUGGCCGCCAAACGACCACGAGGAGGCGCUGCUGUGUCGGAGGGACACGGUGCGGAUGGCGCACGCCGUGUACGGGAGGAGACAGUGGACGCCCAAGAACACGGCCGAGUACGUCUUCACCCUGUCGAGGUACGAGACGGACAAUACCUACACGGCCAGCUGGGCGCGCUAUAUCCACCUGCCCCAGUCCGAAUCCGUCGAGUCCAUGACGGCGUGUCCGCUGAGCUGGUGCCUGGCGCUCGAUCCAGACUCGUAUCGCCUGACCAAGGAUACUGAAGGUCUGAAUGUGUACUGGUGUCGGGAAGAGGGUUGCCUGAAUCAUUAUCAAUAUAGAGGGCCACCCGAGAUGGAUAGUUCCCAAAGCAGGCCUUCACCUUGCGCCUAA